AUGUUCAUAAUGCUCCAAAUCCAAGUUCCUUCUCUACCUCUCUUUACUUCUUUGGUCAUCCUAGUUACCCUAAUUAUAUGUUGGAAGAGAUUUAAAUCCCUUACAGUUAGAGCACCAAUUCUUAGGCUGCCUCCAGGGCCAUGGAAGCUACCUCUGAUUGGAAACUUGCACAAUUUGACUGGCUCUUUACGUCACAGCCUAAGAGACUUAGCCAAGAAACAUGGACCCAUCAUGCACCUCAAGCUGGGGCAAGUAUCAGCCAUUGUCAUUUCAUCACCAGAAUUAGCCAAACAAGUCUUGAAGACUCAUGAGACUGCAGCUUUCUCACAAAGGCCUACUGUUCUUGCCGUUGAAGUUUUGUUCUAUAAUUUCUCAGGCAUCAUCUUUAGCUCUUGUAAUGAGUAUUGGAGGCAGAUGAGGAAGAUUUGUGUUUUGGAGCUUCUAAGCGCGAAGCGUGUGCAGUCAUUUUCAUCGAUAAGAGAAGAAGAGGCAUGGAACCUUGUUGAAUCAAUUAGCUUGUCACAGGGCCAACCCAUCACCCUCAGUGAGAUGAUUUUCUCCAUGCAAGUCAGCAUCAUUGCCCGUUCAGCCUUGGGAAAAAAAUGCAAAUACCAACAAGAGUUUGGAUCAUUGAUUAAGGAGGCAUUCAUCCUUGGAGAAGUCCUCUCUUUGCCUGAUUUGUUCCCUUCCCUCAAAUUCCUCCGUCACAUCACAAGGACGAAGCCUGCACUGGAGAAGAUACACCGGAAGAUUGACAGAAUUCUUGAUGAAAUCAUUGAUGAUCAUCAUGAGUUGAAAAGAGUAAAGACCAAUAUUGUUGCACCUAGCACCACCAGCAAUGAUGAAGUAUUGCAGGAAGGUCUAGUUCAUGUGCUUCUACAACUUCAGGAGUCUGGUGGCCUCCAAUUUGAUCUCACCACCAACCACAUAAAAGCUGUCAUCCUGGACAUGUACUUGGCAGGAGCUGAGACUUCAGCAACAACCACAGAAUGGGCAAUAUCAGAACUUGUGAAAAAUCCAACAGCAAUGGAGAAAGCACAAGCUGAGGUACGGCACCUGCUUGCAGGAAAGAGGAAAAAUAUUUUAGAGGAAGACAUUAAGAAACUAGACUACUUGAAGUUAGUCAUAAAAGAAACUCUACGGCUACACCCUCCAGCUCCCUUAAUUCCAAGAGAAGCAACUCAAAGAAUCAAAAUUGGUGGAUAUGAUAUACCUACAGAAGCCAAAGUUCUGAUCAAUGCUUGGGAAAUUGGGAGAGACCCAAGACACUGGGACAAUGCUGAUUGCUUUCUUCCAGAAAGGUUUCAAGGUUCAUCCAUCGAUUUUCGAGGGACCAACUUCGAAUUAAUUCCAUUUGGGGCUGGUAAGAGAAUAUGUCCAGGCAUCUCAUUUGGAAUUGCAUCGGUUGAGCUUGCACUUUCUCAACUGCUCUACUACUUCAACUGGAAACUCCCCAGUGGGAAAAAGGUAGAAGAGCUUGACAUGACUGAGUCUUUGGGAAUGACCUCUAGGAGGAGGAAUGACUUGUAUGUUAUUGCCACUCCCUUUGUUCCGUCGUAUUGAACAUCGUGAAUUAUGGCAUAUAUAGGUCUCUUGCCUGACAGUUCAGCAAAAUAAAGCAAGCAUAUUGUGCAUUUAGACCAUACAUUCAAAUAAGAAUCUGUGAAUCUGUGCUACAUAUCAAUAGUGCGAAUUUUCAGUUUGGAAAUAAUAUUAAUGCUUUAUAUUA